AUGUCUGGCAUUAUAGAGAAGAUGUCAUUAAAAGAAGUGAUUCGUCUGAACCAAGAAUUACAAACUCUGAUGAAAAAGCCUGCUUUUGGUCCCCGAAGAAGGGCUGGCAUUCCAAUGACUUUACUGCAGAAACUUCGCAACGAACCGAUGACUCUGGAUCUGUUGGUGCGGACCAAAGUAGGCGUAACUGUGAACAAAGCCCGUGGAUUCAACUUCUCGCCAGAGACCACAAUAUUGGCGACACAACUGGUGAACGAAUGGUCACAACUUCUUCCCAUAUAUGAGGACCGAAAGAAACCUCGGAAGUCAUCGGAUGGCAAAAGAGUUAGUUUUCGGGAACCAAAUGACGAGAAGAAUCAAACGACUGAUUACGCGAAGAAUAAGCGAAUUGAAGACCAGAAGAAGAAAUUGAUUAAAGACGCGAAGAUUGAAAAUAUGAAGUCAAAGGCCAUUAAAAAGGCGAUUAAUAUGCGAAACGCCGACAAAGAGAAUAAGAGACCAAAUGUUGAGAAGAAGAAUCCAUACGCGGAGGAGAAAUCGACGGUUCAAGAGUACGAAAGACAAAAGUCUAUAGAGGUUUGGGAGCAGUUUCUGGAGGAGAGACGACAACUUCGUGCCAAAAAAGUGCUUCCGUUCAUGAGUUCGACCCCUAAUUUGUCUCAAAGAAAGCUCUUGAAGACAAAGUCGAUUUUGAAGAAACCAAAACUGCCACCCAUUGGACAGUUACCCGAAUACAGCACCGAUCGUAAGAGACAGAGACCGGACGAUGAUAUUGAAUACGAUGUCAAGCCCUCAUAUCUGGGCCCUUCGACCUCGACAUCACCGGCGCACACACCCAGUGGUUCGGGCGGUAGUCGUCUCUAUCAGGAUAUAAUUGAAGCGCGAAAACGUAAAAAUGAUAAAAAGCGCGAAGAAAUAGCCAAAAAGUUCAAGACUACUGGAGUGAUUGGGUACGAUCGGUGGGCCAACCCGAAGGGAGUCCACAAACAUCAGGCUUAUACAGACAAACCUAAGGUCGAGAACUGGCCGGUGCCCAAGACUAAGCCAUUUAUUACGCCAAUCGAUCGCUUGAAAAUAAUUCAGUCCAGAAGUCUAGACAAUUUACAGCCGUCGACAUCGUCGGCCACUCCGGAGUUCCUCAAAGACCCCAAUGACUUGGAACUCAAUAUAUCGCGAGCAAGGUCAUCCAAAGUGUUGGGCAAAAAUAUAAGGCGAGUGGAGCACCGGCCGACCUGGCUGUCCAAAUGUCUGGUGUCGGCGCUCACGUAUGACUUCCUACUGAACAGAAUCAACCUUAAGGUCGGGACAAUAGCGUCCAUAUGAUAUACAGUCGACAGUCAACUCAAUGAUAUUUUUAAUUCAAGUCCAGAACUUCCAUC